GCACACAUUCCUCUUAUCGUGACAAACCGAUUUAAAAACGUGACGCGAUUGCGUGAAAAUGAUCCCCAGACCGUCUUGCGGAAUCCUUCGCUCGCCGUCUUGCUCAACAUUAUACAUUCAAGGUCGAUACCGACACUCCGCCAGGCCGCGUGCGCAUGGCACCGCGACACAUUAGAGCCAGCGCGUCACCAGCGCGGACAACAACACGGUAGCGGCCUGCAGCGCCACGAUCCACCACCCUCGCGCAAAGACCCCGAGCCCCUCCUCCCUCCUCAUCUUGCGCGCGCAGUCGACGAAAGACGUGUACGGCGCCACACCGUCCUGCGCGCCGCUCCGCUCGCCCAUCACGACCGCCUCCCCGACGCCGGGCUCGAACGCGAGCUCGGACUCGCCCGCCGGGGCUCCGCGCCGCUGCAGCGUCAGGCGCGCGUGCAUGACGGAGACGGGCGUCUGCAGCGCGACGAACACGAGGCCCAGGCCGACGAGGAGCGCGGCUUCCCCGAGCGGCGCGAGGCCGCGCGACGCGGCCGCGCGCUCGAUGUGGCGCUGGGCGAAGAUGAUGAGGGGCGUGAGGGCGCCGCGGAUGACCUCGGCGAGGACGAGGCCCGGUGUGAGGUACAGCUUGAGCGGGUUGGCGUAUUCGGAUGCGGAGAGGAGCGUCUUGAGGGCGGGCCUGGGGGCGAGCGACCACGGUAGCUUGGCCGUGGUGGUUAUUGCGCUACAGCCGAGGAGCUCAGUGGGAUGACUCAGCCGUUCGUUUCGUACUCGCUCACCGAUUUAGGACGAUCUCGAAUGGGAGGACCACAACCAUCAGAGCGCUGCUGAUGAUGUACAGUGCUGACGGGCCUUGUAAGACGGAUGUUACGGAUCGAUGCCGGACUACUCACGCAUCUCUACUUCGAGGGGAAGCUUGCCGGCGGGUGGGUUGGUGAUGUCCCUCACUGUGAGGCUCAGUGCGAUGGGUGUGACGAUCAGGAUGGCCAAAUACGACUCUGCGAGAUACGGCACUGCAGCGAUAAAAGAACCCAGCCCAGCCCUCGAGUCGAUAGACUCUGAACAGCAUGCCGAAAUACGACGGCGAGCGUUCACUGGGAGCAGCUUCUUCGCCAUCCGUGAGCAGCCGGAUGGUUGACUUUGGAACGUAGUUGGCGCGGAAGCGGACCAGCGCGCCCAGGAAGGGCAUCGUGAUCAAACAUAACAAGAGCGUCGGGCUGGAAAAGUCAGUCUAAGGUCGUCGAGUCCCGCUGCUCGAGGACGCACAUGAUGGUGACGGAGAGGCCGAUGUAGAGCGCUCCCCAGUACGUUCGCGGCGAUGUGGUAGGAUCGAGCAUGUUGGAUGUUGGGAGAAUGCCCACGAAAACCUCGCUUUUAUGCAGAGACACUUUCGCCGUGGCCAGACUGCGGACCUUCGUUGACGUCCCGCGCUGUUGAUCGCAGCAGAAAGUUGUCUAGCCCAGGCUUAUACACCUUUGAUACAUGAUGAAUUUCGUUGAAAUUUCUCCCUGAAGCUUCCUGCCUCAAAGCGUAGACUACAGCGCGAGCUCUCGAACAGAGCAUUCUAUGACUGCAAGACUAGGAGUGUGGAUCGA